GAAUCAAUAAGAAAGAAAAGGAAAAAAAGAAAAAAGACAAUAUUAAAAGAAACAAAGAGAAGAGAGAGAUAUAGAGCGAGAAACAAGGCGCGGAGAGGCCGUCCAAAAACAGCAGUAGGGAGAGGGAUUUGGUGGUGUUGUUCGUCGUCGUCAUCAUCGUCAUUUCGUUUCCUUGCCUUUCUUUCUCAACACAAGUCGCGUUUCAAAUAUCUAAAAAAAUCACAAGCACAAACACGAACUACUAAACCAGCUUUUUAUCAUUAUUAUCAUUAAUAUUAUUUUUAUUUUUUCUUCGGAAUUUAGAAAAGGAGAAAACACUGCCAAAUAGAUCAGAAAGAAAAAGCAGAAGAAUUCAAUUCCUAGAUCUCUCUUUUCCGAUCCAUCAUUUUAUCAGCUGAAUCGCCUCUAAUUUGUAUGUUUAUUUUCUUUAUUUUAUUAUUUUUUCGUAAUGCGUGUUCUUGAGUAGUCCUUUGUUUUUGUUUCGAAAAGAAUUUGGGGAUUUUGAAGGUGACCUUCUAGAUUAGAGUAGAAAUCUAGAAGGGUCGGAUCUGGUGCAUUGAGGAGCAGGAGAUUGAAACCGUCGGAUGAGAGGGAGAGGUGAAUAGGAAAAAAUAAGGAUGAAAUGGGUAUCAUUGCUUAAGGACAUAAAAGAGAAGGUCGGUUUAACUCAAUCUCCAGCAAGUAGUACACCAACCACUGCUGCCUCUUCUUCUUCUUCUCCUUCUCCCUUUGCUUAUCUUCCUAAUCGCGAUAGUAAUGCUUCUCCUUCAACUUUUCAUGACUCCACCUCCUCUUCUUCCAGGGACAGACAUGAACUGGAAUUGGACUUCAAGAGAUUCUGGGAGGAGUUCCGUUCAUCCAAUUCCGAAAAGGAGAAAGAAGCGGCCUUGAAUCUGACUGUUGAUACUUUUUGUAGACUAGUGAAGCAGCAAGCUAAUGUAGCCCAAUUAGUUACCAUGUUAGUUGAAACACACAUUUUCUCUUUUGUUCUGGGACGAGCAUUUGUGUCUGAUAUUGAGAAGCUAAAGAUCAGCAACAAAACAAGAUCUUUGGAUAUAGAGAAUGUAUUAAAAUUCUUUUCAGAAGUCUCUAAGGAUGGCAUCAGUCCUGGUUCAAAUUUGUUAACUGCCAUUGAAGUCCUUGUAUCUGGGCCUGUUGACAAGCAAUCUCUCCUUGAUUCUGGGAUAUUAUGCUGUCUUAUUCAUAUUCUGAAUGCCCUUCCGAGUCCUGAAGUUAAUCAAAGGCAAAAGGUCACUAACUCUAAUGAUGAUGUUGGGCAUGUUCACCGGCUUCAGGUAGAGGCAAGCAUAGUACACAUAAUGAAUGCAUUGGCAAGCCAUCCUUCAGCAGCACAGAGUUUGGUUGAGGACGAUUCACUUCAGUUGCUAUUUCAGAUGGUUGCUACCGGAUCUUUAACAAUCUUCUCUCAAUAUAAAGAGGGUCUUGUCCCACUGCACAGCAUACAGCUUUAUAGGCAUGCAAUGCUGAUACUCCGUCUACUUUUAGUCAAUGACAAUGGAAGCACGGCCAGAUAUAUACGGAAACAUCAUCUGAUAAAAGUCCUCUUAACAGCAGUUAAAGAUUUUAAUCCGGACUCUGGUGAUUCUGCCUAUACUAUGGGCAUUGUGGACUUGUUGCUUGAAUGUGUGGAAUUGUCAUAUAAAUCUGAGGCUGGUGGUGUCAGGCUGAGGGAAGACAUACAUAAUGCCCAUGGUUAUCAGUUCCUUGUUCAGUUUGCGUUGGUUUUAUCUUCCAUGCCACAAAAUCAGGAUGUUCAAUCUAUUUAUUCUAACAGUUCUGCCAACCAAGAAUAUACUGUGGAUGGUUCUCAUGCAGAAAGUGGUGGAGAGAGAAGGGAUUUGAAAAGCAAAGAAGACCCAUCACUGCAACAGUUGUCACCUGCAUUAUCUAGGUUGCUUGAUGUUCUUGUUAAUCUGGCUCAAACUGGUCCACCUGAAUCUGCAGGAUCAUCUGGGGCCAAAGGUUCAAGAGCAUCUCACACCAAGGCUAGUGGCCAUAAUAGAAGUCGUACACCAUCUCUUGAUCGGCUUGCUGAUGAAAAUUGGGAGAAGGGCAAUACCAAAGUUAAAGACCUUGAAGCAGUUCAAAUGUUACAAGACAUAUUUCUCAAGGCAGACAGCCGAGAACUUCAGGCAGAAGUACUAAAUAGAAUGUUUAAGAUAUUCUCAAGUCAUCUUGAAAACUAUAAAUUGUGUCAGCAAUUACGGACUGUUCCACUUUUCAUCCUAAAUAUGGCUGGUUUUCCUCCUUCUUUACAAGAGAUAAUCUUAAAAAUUCUUGAAUAUGCUGUGACUGUAGUGAAUUGUAUUCCUGAGCAAGAAUUGCUAUCUCUUUGUUGCUUAUUGCAGCAACCAAUAACAUCAGAAUUGAAGCACACAAUACUCUCUUUCUUUGUGAAACUUUUAUCAUUUGAUCAGCAAUACAAGAAAGUGCUGCGAGAAGUUGGUGUGCUGGAAGUUCUGAUAGAUGAUUUGAAGCAACACAAGUUUCUUUUGGGUCCUGAUCAACAAAGUGUUAAUACUAAUCAUUCAGAAAGGAAAGCUGGCUCAAGCAGCUUCAAGAAACACUUGGACAGUAAAGAUACUAUUCUUUCUUCACCCAAGCUAAUGGAAUCUGGUUUAGGAAAGUUUCCCAUCUUUGAAGUUGAAGACACAAUAUAUGUUGCAUGGGAUUGCAUGGUCUCUUUAGUGAAGAAAGCUGAAGCAAGUCAAGCAUCAUUCCGUUCAGCUAAUGGUGUGACAAUUGUUCUUCCCUUUCUGGUGUCUAAUGUUCAUCGCCCUGGGGUCCUCCGCAUAUUGUCAUGUUUAAUAACUGAAGAUGCUGGACAGGCUCAUCCUGAAGAACUAGGUGCAGUUGUUGAAGUUCUCAAAAGCAGUAUGGUUACAAGUAGUGCAGGACAUCAAUAUAGGCUUGAAAACGAUGCAAAAUGUGACACAAUGGGGGCAUUGUGGCGCGUGUUGGGGGCUAAUAGUUCUGCUCAGAGGGUUUUUGGUGAAGCCACUGGGUUUUCUCUUCUUUUGACUACACUCCACAGUUUUCAAGGUGAUGCAGGACUGAUGGAUGAAUCUUCUUUAGGGGAUUAUAUCAAAGUUUUUACGUACUUAUUGCGUCUCAUGACAGCUGGAGUUUGUGACAAUGCUAUUAAUAGGACAAAGUUGCAUUCUAUUAUAUUAUCCCAAACUUUUUAUGAUCUUCUAGCUGAGUCCGGUUUGCUUUCUGUGGAAUGUGAGAAGCGAGUCAUACAGUUGUUGUUGGAGCUAGCUCUUGAAAUUGUAAUCCCACCAUUCUUGUCAUCAGAGAGUGCCACAACAGCUGAUAUGGUUGAAUCUGAGUCGGCCGGUUCUCUUAUAAUGACGACCUCGGGCCUCUUUAAUCCCAAUAAGGAACGAGUGUACAAUGCUGGUGCUGUUAGAGUUCUGCUCCGUUCACUGUUGCUCUUUACUCCGAAGGUUCAGUUAGAAUUGCUGAAUCUUAUCAACCAGCUUGCUCGUGCUGGCCCCUUUAAUCAGGAAAACCUUACCUCUGUAGGUUGUGUGGAGCUUUUACUGGAGAUAAUUCAUCCCUUCCUUUUGGGCUCAUCUCCAUUACUUUCUUAUGUGCUGAAGAUUGUGGAAGUUCUUGGAGCAUAUAAGUUGUCAGCAUCAGAACUUCGACUGCUUAUUAGAUACGUAGUACAAAUGAGGAUGAUGAGUUCAGGCCAUAGUCUUGUUGAUAUGGUGGAAAGAUUAAUUCUUAUGGAAAAUUUGGCCUCAGAUAAUGUUUCUUUGGCCCCUUUUGUUGUGAUGGACAUGAGUAAGAUUGGUCAUGCUUCUGUUCAGGUAUCUCUGGGAGAAAGAUCUUGGCCUCCAGCUGCUGGCUAUUCAUUUAUAUGUUGGUUCCAGUUCAGAAAUUUCUUGAAAUCACAAGUGAAGGAAACAGAAGCUUCCAAAGUUGGCCCUUGUAAGAGGCAGAUUGGUUCUAGUGGCCAGCAUAAUGAUCGCCAUGUUCUUCGGAUAUUUUCUGUUGGUACAGCAAGUAAUGAACACACAUUCUUUGCAGAACUUUAUCUUCGGGAGGAUGGCAUUCUAACCCUUGCUACUAGCAACUCUUCUUCCUUGUCAUUUCCUGGAUUAGAUUUGGAAGAAGGCAGGUGGCAUCACCUUGCAAUUGUUCAUAGUAAACCAAAUGCUCUUGCUGGUCUAUUUCAAGCUAGUGUUGCUUAUGUGUAUCUCAAUGGAAAGCUCAGGCACACAGGGAAGCUAGGAUAUGCUCCAUCUCCUCUUGGAAAACCCUUGCAGGUGACCAUUGGGACACCACCUAUUCGUGCAAGAGUUAGUGACUUGACAUGGAAACUUCGUUCUUGCUAUCUUUUUGAAGAGGUGCUUACGUCAGGGUGUAUAUGUUUCAUGUACAUUCUUGGUCGAGGAUAUAGAGGGCUCUUUCAAGACUCAGAUCUUCUUCGUUUUGUCCCUAACCAGGCUUGUGGUGGUGGAAGCAUGGCCAUCCUGGAUUCAUUAGAUACUGACUCACCCUUGGCAAACACGCAAAAGGUUGAAAAUGCUGUUAAGCCAGGGGAUUCCAAGUCUGAUGGCAGUGGCAUUGUUUGGGAUUUGGAGAGGCUAGGAAACCUCUCAUUGCAGCUCUCUGGAAAGAAACUUAUAUUUGCAUUUGAUGGAACUUGUACUGAAGCUAUUCGAGCAUCUGGGACAUUCUCCUUGCUCAAUCUGGUAGAUCCAGUGUCAGCUGCUGCUUCUCCUAUUGGCGGUAUACCAAGAUUUGGACGUCUUCAUGGGGAUAUUUAUGUUUGUAGGCAGUGCGUGAUUGGAGAUACAAUCCGCCCUGUCGGUGGGAUGCCUGUUAUCCUGGCCCUUGUUGAAGCUGCUGAAACCAGGGAUAUGCUUCAUAUGGCAUUGACAUUACUUGCCUGUUCACUUCAUCAGAAUGCCCAAAAUGUUAGAGACAUGCAAAUGUACCGGGGAUACCAUUUGCUGGCCCUGUUCCUGCGUCGUAGAAUAUCAUUAUUUGACAUGCAAUCUCUUGAGAUAUUUUUCCAAAUUGCUGCUUGUGAGGCUUCAUUUUCUGAACCAAAGAAAUUGGAUACUACAAAAACUACUUUGUCACCUGCUUCAACUAUGCAGGAAGCUGGAUUUGAGAAUCUUAGCCUGUCAAAGUUUCAUGAAGACACUUCUUCUAUUGGAUCUCAUGGUGAUAUGGAUUCAUUCAGUCAUAUUUCAGAGCUAGAAAAUUCUGACAUUCCGGUUGAAACUUCAAAUUGUAUUGUCUUGUCAAAUCCAGAUAUGGUUGAGCAUGUCUUGUUGGACUGGACAUUGUGGGUAACUGCUCCAGUUCCAAUUCAAAUUGCUCUCCUGGGAUUUCUUGAGCAUUUAGUGUCAAUGCACUGGUACAGAAAUCAUAACCUCACAGUUUUGCGGCGAAUUAACCUUGUUCAACAUUUACUCGUUACUCUGCAGCGUGGUGAUGUUGAAGUUUCGGUUUUGGAAAAGUUGGUUGUUUUGCUAGGGGUUAUUUUGGAAGAUGGGUUUCUCACAUCUGAACUUGAAAAUGUGGUUAGAUUUGUGAUAAUGACAUUUGAUCCGCCUGAACUGAAGCCAAGGCAUCAAAUAAUUCGAGAAUCAAUGGGCAAGCAUGUAAUUGUAAGGAAUAUGUUGCUAGAGAUGCUUAUAGAUCUACAAGUAACCAUAAAAUCGGAGGAGUUGCUAGAGCAGUGGCAUAAGAUUGUAUCAUCAAAAUUGAUAACAUAUUUUCUUGAUGAAGCUGUCCAUCCUACAAGUAUGAGAUGGAUCAUGACUCUUCUUGGUGUGAGUCUUGCUUCUUCUCCUACAUUUGCACUUAAAUUUCGCGGCAGUGGUGGUUAUCAGGGAUUGAUGAGGGUUCUUCCAAGUUUUUAUGAUUCUCCAGAUAUAUAUUAUAUUUUGUUCUCUUUGGUAUUUGGAAAGCCUGUUUACCCUAGACUACCGGAGGUUCGCAUGCUAGAUUUUCAUGCCCUUAUACCAAACGAUGGCAGUUAUGUGGAUUUGAAAUUUGUGGAACUCCUGGAAUCUGUGAUCGCUAUGGCGAAAUCUACAUUUGAUAGGUUGAGCAUGCAGUUAAUGGAUGCUCAUCAAACUGGCAAUCUUUCUCAGGUUGGUGCUAGCCUUAUAGCAGAGCUCAUGGAGGGGAAUGCAGACAUGGCUGGUGAGCUUCAGGGUGAAGCUCUGAUGCACAAGACUUAUGCAGCACGCUUACUGGGUGGUGAGGCAUCAGCUCCUGCUGCUGCAACCUCAGUCCUGAGAUUUAUGGUUGAUCUAGCAAAGAUGUGUCCCCUUUUUUCUGCUGUUUGCAGAAAGCCAGAAUUUCUUGAAAGUUGCAUUGAACUUUAUUUUUCUUGCAUUAGGGCAGCUUAUGCGGUGAAUAUGUCAAGGGCACUCUCUGAAAAGACAGAAGACAAGAACUUGAAUGAUUGCGAUGACACUAGUAGUUCUCAAAAUACGUUCUCAAGUUUGCCACAUGAACAAGAACAAUCUGCCAAGACCUCCAUCAGUGUUGGAAGCUUCCCUCAAGCACAUGUGAGUACAAGUUCCGAUGACACGCCUGUGGCGCAAAAUUACCUGGCAGAUGAUAAAGUGGAGAUCAAGAUCCCUGAUUUACAUCAGGGUUUAAAAGAAUCAGUUCAGGGAGGUAUCCAAUCUAUUCAGAGCUCGGACGGGGAUAAUGUUGAUAAGGUGUCUGCCACCUCUAGUUCUAAUGAAUCAAACAUCCAAAAUACUAAUGGUACUGUAGAUUCUGUUCAACUGACAGACAUACAAAGUUCUGCAUCUCUGAACAUAUUAGAUUCUCCCAUUUUAUCUGAGAAGUCAACUUCAAGAAUCCCUGUUACAAACUCUUCAUCUCCGGUUGUUGCAUUAACAUCCUGGCUUGGAGGUGCAAGUCACAAUGAAUCUAAGCCUUCCUUACAAGCUACCCCUUCCAUGGAGUCCUCUAUUUCUUUCAGCGACUUUGAUGCAUCUCCAGACUUGAAGUUGCCUCAAGGAACAUCUGCUGCAAACUCAUCAUACUCUGUGAGUGCAAAGCUACUUCUUGAAACUGAUGAUUCUGGUUAUGGGGGUGGUCCAUGUUCUGCAGGAGCUACUGCUAUGCUAGAUUUUGUGGCAGAAGUACUCUCCGAUUUUGUCACUGAGCAGAUGAAAGCAGCUCCAGUUGUUGAGGGCAUCCUAGAAAUGGUUCCUUUAUAUGUUGAUGCUGAACCGUUAUUAGUUUUCCAGGGAUUGUGUCUUAGCAGGCUGAUGAACUUUAUGGAAAGGCGUUUUCUGCGUGAUGAUGAGGAAGAUGAGAAGAAGCUAGAUAAAAGUCGAUGGUCCUCAAACUUAGAUGCAUUAUGCUGGAUGAUAGUGGAUCGUGUCUACAUGGGUGCUUUUCCUCAAUCUGCUGGUGUGCUGAAGACUCUGGAGUUCUUGUUGUCAAUGUUGCAAUUGGCAAACAAAGAUGGCCGAAUUGAAGAGGCAGCUCCUGCUGGAAAGGGUCUCUUAGCUAUAACCAGAGGAAGCAGGCAACUUGAUGCUUAUGUACAUUCACUUCUUAAGAACAUUAAUCGCAUGAUAAUGUACUGUUUCCUGCCAUCUUUCCUGGCCACCAUAGGCGAAGAUGAUCUCCUCUCAUGGUUAGGUUUGCAUAUUGAACCCAAGAAGGGAUUAUCCCUUAAUGUUUCACAAGAAGAUUCAGGAAUUGAUAUCUGCACAGUUUUACACUUGUUAGUUGCUCACAGGCGAAUUAUAUUCUGUCCCAGUAAUCUUGAUACUGAUUUGAAUUGCUGUCUUUGUGUAAAUCUAGUAUAUCUUCUCCUUGACCAAAGGCAAAAUGUUCAGAAUGUAGCUGUUGAUAUUGUCAAGUAUCUACUGGUGCAUCGAAGGGCUUCACUAGAAGACUUGCUUGUGUGUAAGCCAAACCAAGGACAGCACAUGGACGUGCUACAUGGUGGUUUUGACAAAUUAUUGACUGGGAAACUAUCUGCUUUCUUUGAGUGGCUUAAGAAUUCUGACCAGAUAGUCAACAAAGUAUUGGAGCAAUGUGCAGUGAUUAUGUGGCACCAAUAUAUUGCUGGAUCGGCAAAAUUUCCAGGGGUAAGAAUAAAAGGUGUGGAGGGUCGUCGUAAGAGGGAAAUGGGGAGAAGAUCACGGGACAUUUCGAAGCUAGACCUACGACAUUGGGAGCAGGUAACUGAACGAAGAUAUGCGUUGGAAGUGGUUCGUGAUGCAAUGUCUACUGAGUUGAGAGUUGUUCGCCAGGAUAAAUAUGGAUGGAUUCUCCAUGCAGAAAGUGAGUGGCAGAACCUUCUUCAACAACUUGUACAUGAACGAGGAAUAUUCCCAAUGCGUCAAUCCUCUCCGACUGAUGAACCUGAGUGGCAACUUUGUUCCAUUGAAGGUCCGUACAGGAUGCGCAAAAAGCUUGAGCGCUGUAAAUUGAGGAUUGAUACCAUCCAAAAUGUUCUCAGUGGCCAAUUUGAAUUAGGAGAGGUAGAGUUGUCCAAAGGAAAACAUGAGGACGGUCCUGAUGCAUCGGAUACUGACUCUGAAUUGUUUCUCAACCUUUUGACGGACAAUGCUGAACAGAAUGGUGCUGAUGAUGAGAUGUAUGGUGAAUUUUUUAAAGAAUCAGAUGAUGCCAAAGGUGUAGCUUCUGGUAAAAUUGGAUGGAAUGAUGAUAGAGCUAGCAGUAAUAAUGAAGCAAGUCUUCAUUCAGCUCUAGAUUUUGGUGUCAAGUCUAGUACAUUUUCUGCCCCGGCGUCAGAGAGCAUGCAUGGAAGAUCUGACCUAGGGUCUCCAAGGCAAUCCUCUUCUAAUAAAAUUGAUGACAUCAAAGUAUUAGAGGAUAGAUUAGAUAAGGAACUGAAUGAUAAUGGUGAAUAUCUAAUUAGACCAUAUAUGGAACCUCUUGAGAAGAUACGAUUCAAAUAUAACUGUGAGCGGGUUGUAGGUCUGGACAAACAUGAUGGUAUAUUUUUGAUAGGAGAACUUUGUUUGUAUGUAAUUGAGAACUUUUACAUUGAUGAUUCUGGGUGCAUUUGUGAAAAGGAAGGCGAAGAUGAACUGUCUGUUAUUGAUCAGGCCUUAGGUGUAAAGAAGGAUGUAACUGGCAGUAUUGAUUUCCAGUCCAAGUCAACUUCAUCCUGGAGCACAGUGGUAAAGACAUGCGUUGGGGGAAGAGCAUGGGCCUAUAAUGGUGGUGCAUGGGGCAAGGAGAAAGUGUGCACUAGUGGUAAUUUACCACAUCCCUGGCAUAUGUGGAAGCUUAAUAGUGUCCAUGAGCUUUUGAAACGUGAUUACCAGCUCCGUCCCGUUGCUAUUGAGAUAUUUAGCAUGGAUGGGUGUAAUGAUCUUCUGGUGUUCCAUAAAAAAGAGAGAGAGGAGGUGUUCAAAAAUCUGGUUGCCAUGAAUCUUCCUAGGAAUAGCAUGUUGGAUACUACAAUUUCUGGGUCAACUAAACAAGAAAGUAAUGAGGGCAGUCGCUUGUUUAAGCUAAUGGCUAAAUCCUUCUCAAAAAGGUGGCAAAAUGGAGAAAUUAGCAAUUUCCAAUACCUCAUGCAUCUCAACACAUUGGCUGGGCGGGGAUACAGUGAUCUGACCCAAUAUCCGGUGUUCCCAUGGGUUCUGGCAGAUUAUGAGAGUGAGAAUCUGGACUUUUCCAACCCCAAAACAUUUCGUAAACUUAACAAACCAAUGGGCUGUCAGACUCCGGCGGGUGAAGAGGAAUUUAGGAAAAGAUAUGAUAGCUGGGAUGAUCCAGAAGUUCCAAAGUUUCAUUAUGGUUCUCAUUACUCUAGUGCUGGAAUUGUCCUCUUCUAUCUUCUACGGCUACCACCAUUUAGUGCAGAGAAUCAGAAGCUUCAGGGUGGACAAUUUGAUCAUGCUGAUCGUCUUUUCAAUAGUAUUAAAGACACUUGGUUAAGUGCAGCAGGGAAAGGCAACACAUCUGAUGUGAAGGAAUUGAUUCCAGAGUUCUUCUACUUGCCAGAAUUCCUUGAGAAUAGAUUCAACCUUGAUUUGGGAGAGAAACAAUCCGGAGAGAAGGUUGGUGAUGUCGUGUUGCCUCCAUGGGCCAAAGGAAGUGCCAGGGAAUUCAUUAGGAAACAUAGGGAAGCCUUGGAAUCUGAUUAUGUUUCAGAAAAUUUGCAUCAUUGGAUAGAUCUCAUUUUUGGAUACAAACAGAGAGGAAAGGCUGCUGAAGAAGCUGUGAAUGUCUUCUAUCAUUACACAUAUGAGGGGAGUGUGGACAUAGACUCAGUUACAGAUCCUGCAAUGAAAGCAUCCAUCUUAGCACAAAUCAACCACUUUGGACAGACACCCAAGCAACUAUUCCUCAAACCCCAUGGGAAAAGGCGGUCUGAUAGAAGGCUGCCUCCACAUCCACUCAAGUAUUCCUCUCAUCUUGAGCCGCAUGAGAUACGGAAAAGCUCAUAUGCCAUAACUCAGAUUGUCACUUUCCAUGAGAAAAUUCUUCUGGCGGGAACAAACAGUUUGCUUAAACCUAGAACAUACACCAAAUAUGUAGCUUGGGGUUUCCCUGAUCGUAGCUUGAGAUUUAUAAGCUAUGACCAAGACAAGCUCCUCUCAACACAUGAGAAUCUUCAUGGGGGUAACCAGAUUCAGUGCAUUGGAGUUAGUCAUGAUGGUCAAAUAUUGGUCACGGGUGCUGAUGAUGGUUUAGUUUCUGUUUGGAGAAUCAGCACUUGUAGUCCCCGUGUCUCACAGCAUCUACAAUUAGAGAAGGCGCUUUGUGGUCACACUGGCAAAAUUACAUGCCUCUAUGUUAGCCAGCCUUACAUGCUGAUUGUGAGUGGAUCUGAUGACUGCACUGUUAUUGUAUGGGACCUCAGUUCAUUGGUUUUUGUUAGACAAUUGCCAGAGUUUCCAGUGCCAAUUUCAGCAAUUUAUGUCAAUGACUUGACUGGGGAGAUUGUGACGGCUGCUGGCAUUCUGCUUGCUGUUUGGAGCAUCAAUGGGGAUUGCCUUGCAGUGAUUAAUACAUCUCAAUUGCCAUCUGAUUCUAUUCUCUCAGUGACAAGCUGUACGUUUUCAGAUUGGCAGGACGCAAACUGGUAUGUGACAGGCCAUCAGAGUGGAGCUGUUAAGGUGUGGCAAAUGGUGCACUGCUCCAACCAAGAAAGUGCUUUAAGUAAAUCAUCUGGUAAUCCAACGGCUGGGCUAAAUUUAGGUGAUAAGUUACCAGAGUACAGGUUAAUUCUCCAUAGGGUGUUGAAGUCUCAUAAGCACCCAGUAACUGCCCUUCACCUCACAAGUGACCUGAAACAGUUAUUGAGUGGGGACUCUGGUGGGCAUUUGCUCUCUUGGACAUUGCCAGAUGAGACCUUGAGGGCUUCAUUUAAUCAGGGGUGAGGAAGGAAAAUAGUGCUUGAAGCGUGAUUAUCUCAGCUGUUUGGGCCAGCUACUCAUUCCAGCUCUUCGAUAUCCUAAUGAUAAAUUUACUGGUCAAUUCUGAGAGAGGAAAGAUUGGAUUGUGAUGCGUUGUGAAGGGAAAACAAGAUAACCGGGCUGGCCUGCGAUUCACACAGUACAAGCAAGGACAAGACAAAAUCUCUUAAAAAACUGUUUAAUAGAUACUGUUAAUACUUCGACAAGCAUCAUGACUACCCACAUGUCAUGAACUUGGUGGCCGAAGCUUCUCAUUUGGCAGAAGGCAUACUUGGUACUUUGGGUUUGCGCAACAGCGAGCAUUCGGUCAACCAGUUUUUUGAAUGUAUAUAGAUGGAAUUACUAACAGUGUGUAAUGAAGUUGUAUAGAGGUAACUGUGCCAGGACUGAAGCAUUGCGCGAAGCCAUCUGGCCAGUUGAACAAAGGGCGAUUACAGAAUCGAGUGUAUUCUUCUUUGGGUAAAAUUCUUUUUUGCAUAGUGCAGUUUGUGAAAUGUACUCUUUUCUCUCGCUCUGGUCACCCAGAUGGCCCUUUUAUUUUGAAGGACAAACUGGAGGGUUAGAUUAUAUAAUUAAAGGAUAUACCAAGGGUCAUCAAUGUAAUUUAUUGAACUUGAGUUGGGUUUUUCUUUUUUCUUUUUUUGGGGGAUUUUUGUUAGGCUAUCCUCUCCUGUUCAAUUGCCAUUUAUCAGCUUCCAUAGAUUUUUCCCAAAUUACAUUCACUUCUGAAAUGAACUUGAACUGGAAUCUUCUCUACCAAAA